UUGGCCGAAGGCGAAUUAUCGACCAAUCACGAGACGACUUCGUCCUCGUAGUAACUUUUGAAAGUUACUGUCAAAAUGACAGCUUUUGUGCGAAUUUUAGGUUAUACAAAGCCCAGUUUUUCAAUAAAAACUUUAUUUCGUAAGAUUUAUACGACAGCGAAGUUAAAUCACGGUGAAUACGAAUGGCAGGAUCCCAAAUCCCCCGAUGAAGUUGUUAACAUAACUUUUGUUACAAAAGACGGUGAAAAGGUCCCUGUAAAGGGCAAAGUAGGUGAUAAUGUCCUAUACUUGGCUCACAGAUACAAAAUUCCCAUGGAAGGGGCCUGUGAGGCCUCCCUAGCAUGUACCACUUGUCACGUUUAUGUGAAAAGUGAUCACGAACUUACGCCAGCUGAGGAAAAAGAAGAGGAUUUGUUAGACAUGGCGCCGUUUCUUAAAGAAAACUCUAGGUUAGGUUGUCAGAUUAUUUUAACCAAAGAAUUAGAAGGGCUUGAGUUAGAAUUGCCACAAGCAACGAGGAACUUUUACGUUGAUGGCCACACACCAGCGCCUCAUUAACCUUCUAUUGUGUAAAUAACGAGUUAUGAAGUCAGCCACCAAUUUAUUUUAAUAAAAAAGUGUUAAAAAUUUA